UGAAAUUCAAGCUCUGACUGAGUUUAACUCCAUGUCUGCAGUGACGGCUGGGCGGACCGGGUGGAGGUGGUGGAGGGUUAUGAAAACGAGGCCGUGGGUGGCAUCACAGUGAAACUCCACUCUGAAGAGGUCUCCUCCUUUGACGAUUACUUCCUAAGGCUAAAGCUCAGCACCAACACCCGCAAUCCAUGGUUCCCUGAGUUCUGGCAGCACCGCUUCCAGUGCCGUCUUCCCGGACACCCUCAGGAAAACUUGAACUAUGCACGCAACUGUUCAGGUUAUGAAAGUCUGGAGGACAACUAUGUCCAGGACAGCAAGAUGGGCUUUGUCAUCAAUGCCAUUUAUGCCAUGGCCCACGGGCUGCACAACAUGCACUCUGACCUCUGUCUCAACCAUGUGGGGCUCUGUGAUGACAUGAAGCCUGUGGAUGGAAGCCACCUGUUGGACUUUCUUCUCAAGACAUCCUUCACAGGUGUGUCUGGGGAGGACAUCUGGUUUGACAAGAACGGAGACUCACCAGGAAGGUAUGACAUCAUGAACUUUCAGCACGUAGGGCCAGGACUUUAUGACUACAUUAACAUCGGCUCCUGGCACGAGGGCUUGCUCAGUAUUGAUGAUGAGAUGAUCCAGAAAAACCUCAGUGACAUGGUCCGCUCAGUCUGUAGUGAGCCCUGCUCCAAAGGAGAGAUCAAGGUCAUAAGAAAGGGAGAAGUGAGCUGCUGCUGGAUCUGCACUUCUUGUAAAGACAAUGAGUUUGUCCAGGACGAGUUCACCUGUAAGGCCUGUGAGCUGGGCUGGUGGCCUGACUCACAACUGGAAGAAUUUUGA